ACUGAGCUCUGUCCUCUCAGCUAAAAUAAACUGACUCUGUUAUUCUUUAUUUUAUCAUUCUAUUGAAUAACACAACUUUUUGUUGAUUCACCUUUUAUUCGUUCUCAGCGAAGAAACACAAUAAUUCCCACCACACUCUGCAGCCCACAGAGACCCUCCCAACGUUAGAAAAGCACUGGCACCAGAGACCCAGAAAAAAAACUGUGUGUGUGUGUGUGUAUGUGUUUGUGUGGACAGUGUGAGCGCUGUCGGGAAUACAAAAGGAAAUCUUCACAGGUUCAACACAGGCACGUCGUACUGGUGUUUGUGCGGGAUUCUCAUUUCUCUUGCAACCGCCAGCCUCAGGUAUGAGGGCCUGUUUAGUAUUCCUGUGCUUACUGGCAGCAACAUUUGCCCUGUCUGUAAAAAGUAAACAUCAUCAUGGAAAACAUCAUGGAUUGCGUAAGACUCCACACACAGCCAAAGAAAAGGACAUCAUCACGGAGGAGGCCAACAAGCCACAGGUCUUACCCACUUUGGUGCCGUUUGAGGCCAGCAGCCAUGAGCAGGAGGAUGAGGAACUGAGCUCUGAGGGCAAUGCUAACGCUAACAAGGAAGAGGGAGAGUUUGAGGCGUCUGAAAAGGGUGACAAGAGCACCGCAGUCCUGCUGAGUGAGGAGGAACUGGUGGACCUCCUGAAGAAAGAAGCGGAGGAAGAGCAGGAAGCAGAGGAAAGAGCGAUGGAGGAGGAGGAAAAAGAGGAAGAAGAAGCGCAAGCAGUGAAAGGCAAGAUGGAGGCCGGCGAGAUCGCUGAGGAUGAGGAGGCUGAGGUGGAAGAGAAGAAGUUGGAUGACAAAGCAGAAGACUCUAAAGAGGUGACAAAUGAGGGAGAAGCGGUGAAGGAGGAGGGUGCUGAAGAUACUGAAAUGCUGGACAAAGAAGAGGUGGUGGUGGAACAGGUGCCACUUGAGGGAAAGGAGGAAAAAUCUGUUGAUAAAAUAGCAGAGAGCGAGGAGCAGGGGCCACUGCUGGAGGAAACAGAUGGCAGCACGGACUCAGAGAUCCCUGUUGACCUUGACUAUGCAGCUGAUAGUGGCAUCCUACAACCUCUGAGGAUUGUAUCCACCAAAAAACGCCCCCACACUGCUGCAGACACACAGCCUCUUUUAAAAACAGAUGUUAAAGAGAAGGAAACCAGCGAGAAAGAACUUCCAACCAUCGCCGAUGACUAUGACCAAGAUGUACAAAACACUCAGGCAAUGGACAGCGAUGAAGUGUCUGAUCAGGACAAGGACAAAGAUUCAGAGGCCAAGUCCAAAGAGAUGAGUGUCGAUAAGAAAGAAACCGAGGCAAAUGAUGAACCGAUAGGUGCUGCAGAACUUGAAUCCGGGUCCAGGGCGGCUGAGAAGGACGAAGAGAAGAGUAAGAACCACACCAAGGGAAAGACAAGGAAGCAAAAGAAGAACCAGAGGGCAAGGAAGCACUCUCCACAGAGUGAAGAGACACCAUCUGGACAGGAACAGAGUCAGCAGGAGCCCACUGAGUCUGAGGGCAGCAGCAUCGACAAUACAGUCCACAAGGCAAAGAGGAGAAGGGCAGGAAAAUGGGGUCCUUUAGUCGGAAUGAACCCAGUGCAGAUCAGAGCCACAGUGGAUCUCUACCCCAGUUCCAGGUCCUCUCUUGGUGGAGGCGUACACCACCCAGAGUCCCCUGCUGAUCCGUGUGAUAACUUCCCCUGCAAACGUGGAAAGACGUGUAAACUUGGCUCAGACAGUAAGCCGGCCUGUGUGUGUCAAGUGCCGUCAGAAUGUCCUUCCAGUGUGAACGAGUUUGAUCACGUUUGUGGGACGGACAACAAAACAUAUGACACAUCAUGUGAACUCUUUGCUACUAAAUGCAACCUGGAGGGCACAAAGAGAGGACACAGACUUCAUCUGGACUACACCGGGCCAUGCAAAUUAAUACCUGCAUGUGUGGACACCGAGCUGGUCCAGUUCCCUCUACGAAUGAGGGACUGGCUGAAGAAUGUGCUGCUGCAGCUCUACGAACAUGACUCCAUGUCUCCUGGCUUCCUUACUCCUAAACAGCAUUUUAGAGUGAAGAAAAUCUUUGAGAGCGAGAGGCGUCUUCAUGCUGGUGAUCACUCUGUUGAGCUGCUUGCCCAGGACUUUGAGAAGAACUACAACAUGUACAUCUACCCAGUGCACUGGCAGUUUGCUCAACUGGACCAGCAUCCCUCUGACAGGUUCUUGUCCCACUCGGAGCUCGCCCCACUUCGAGUGCCUCUGGUCCCCAUGGAGCACUGCACCUCCCGCUUCUUCCAAGAGUGUGACGCCGACAAGGACAAGCAGGUGUCCUUUAAAGAGUGGACUUCCUGUUUUGGCAUCAAGAACGAGGAUAUGGAUGUCAACCAGUUAUUCUGAGCUUCAUUUUGUUCCUCCUCUCCCGCUCGAGCUUGUUGACGCAGGAAGCCUCCGUGAACCUCUGUAAUAUAAAGAACUCUGACACGUACAGAAACUCACUUGACCUCCCGCUGUAGAGGGCAAGUGUUGGCGGUCAGUGCUGUUGUUUUUGUGUCACGCUAAGCUCAGACAUUUGGAUCUUCGCUCUGUUAUUUAGAUUUAACUGUUAGUAAUUUUUAUUAGAGUAUAUGAAGGAGUUUAUUUUUAGCUGGUUUUAUCCAGAAACUGUUUUCUAAUGCAUUCCAUACCGGGGGGAAAGUUUACAUCAGCUCAUUGGUAGAAAAGGUGUUGUAUAUAGAACUGUGGUUUGUAUGUCAGAGUGAUUUAGUGCAGAAUUACGCUUUAAAUCAACGCUAAGUAGAUGAUUUCACACACUUGUGUUAUUGUAGGAAAAUGUAAAACAAUACCUGUGUUUCUUAUCUGAGUAUAACAUGCUGUAAAUGUUUGUCUUUGCAUCGUAUGUUUCAUUAAAGCUUUGUGGACUUCACAAUAUAUCAUGACAGA